AUGAAAGGUGAAAGCAAUGAAGAAGGUAAAGAUAAUGGCGGUGAUGAAAAGAAUGCAAGUAAUGGCAGUGAUAAAUUAAGCAAAGUAAUUGUAGAAGGAGAUAAAGGUAGUGGUGAUAAUGAAGGAAAUAAAGGUAGUGGUGAUAAUGAAGGAGAUAAAGGUCAGUAA